GCUGCACUCCGCGUGCGUAAUUUUUGUAUCAACCAGUGACUCCCAAGCGGGUUACGGCUGACCUACCUCUGCUUUGCGCUCGUGUAAUCUCUUGGGGUCAAUAAAAGUUAUCAACAAUGGCUGCAACAGUUGCCAGACACCAACACGUGCAUCUAUCCCAUGACUACUACAGUGUACAAUCUAAGGCUGUAGCAAAGCAGUACACAAGCUCUGAAACGGUGGAAGACGAUUAUCGACACAAACAAACAUCAAGAAUCCAGGGAGUGGUGCGGAAGAAGAUGGUUGAGAAGUAUGUUCGUGAGGCACCUAUGAUCAGGGGCCCCAAGUUCCUGAACACACUCCGAUCCCAUACUGUUUGGGAGCACACUCCUGUGAAACUGUUUUGCACAGUCGAGGGUUACCCUACCCCGAUUUUGAAAUGGUAUAAAGAUGGUGUCAUCAUUGAUUUGUCAUCAAUGAAAUAUAUUGUGCAGGACAAUGUUGGAAUUCAUUCUCUGGAGAUUCCCAAGUGUGAGACUGAUGACACUGCGCAGUACACAGCUGUUGCUGCUAACAUUCAUGGACAGGUCUCUUCUCAGGCCUCUGUCAUUGUCAAGAAAUUCAGAGAAGAAGGGCAUUCAUCUUCCUAUGCAUGGUUUCCUUACACAUUUCCCAUGUUGCCAGAGAUUAAAUACACCAAAAUCAACAUCACUUUCCUGGAGACUUUUGGCUCUGCUUUUGGAACUGAGGGAGACACAAUCACCUUGUCUGCCACAAUGGCCAUUAGCCCCAACAUAGCCAAUCUGCAGCCUGAAGCUCAGUGGUUUAGAGACGAUACUCGGCUGUCAGAUUCAAAGUGGGUGAAGAUCGAGUCUGGUAGAGGCAGCACCAAGCUGACCCUGCCUCACCUGAACAAGGAUGACGAGGGUUUCUACACCCUCCGUAUGGUAACAAAAGGAGGAGAUGCUGUUCACAGUGCAUUUGUCUCCUGUGCCGAUGGCCCACCCCCAAUGCCAGGGGCACCAGGUGCCCCUAUGGAUAUCAAGAUCCAUGAUGCCAACAGGGAUUAUGUCAUUGUGUCCUGGAAGCCUCCCAACACCACCACUGAAGGCCCCAUUAUCGGAUACUUUGUAGAUAGGUGUGAAACUGGAACGGAAAAUUGGGUGCAGUGCAAUGACUCCCCCAUCAAGAUCUGUAAAUACCCUGUGUCUGGUCUGUUUGAGGGCCACUCAUAUUACUUCCGUGUGCGGGCGAUAAAUUCACAUGGCGUCAGCAAACCCUCAAGAAUUUCGGAUCCCAUUGCCGCCUUAGACCCAACCGAAUUUGAAAGGCUUCACGCCAUCAAGUUGGGUGGUAAACUUGAUGUUGUGACUUACCAAGAGGAAGUUGAAGAUAAGAAGGAAGUGCCAGGAACCCCGUCCAAGUUGCAUGCCUCAGAGACCGACCGAACAUAUGUUGUCCUCAGCUGGAAAUCUGCCCCCUAUCACGGACGGGCCCCAGUUUGGUACUAUAUUGAGAAGUGCUUGGCUGGGACCGCGGCGUGGCAGAGGGUGAGCACUCAGGUGCCCGUGAGAUCUCCUCGCUAUGCCGUGUUUGACUUGGCUGAGGGGAAAGAGUACUUGUUCCGCGUGUUGGCGGCAAACAUGUAUGGCACCAGCGAAGCCUCAGAGCCCACUGAACCUAUUCAGACCCACGAGCUACGCGGUGUGCCCUCCGCUCCUGGCCAGGUGGUUGCCACAAGAGAGACUGACACCUCUGUUGUCAUACAAUGGGCAGAACCCAAGGAACCUAAUGACCUCAUUGGCUACUACAUUGAUGUGUGUGUAAAAGGCUCCAAGGACUGGGGUUCAGCUAACCACAAGCCUCACAAGAGCAACAAGUUUGUGGUUCAAGGCUUGACCACUGGUGAGACAUAUUCUUUCCGUGUGCAAGCCAUCAAUGAGCUUGGUCUCAGCGAUGAAUCACAGGAGUCCGCCCCUAUCACUGUGAAAGCUGCCCUCAAAACCCCCUCUGCUCCUUAUGACAUUGCUCUGCUGGCCUGUGACGGGAAGUCCAUGGUUCUGAACUGGAAGCGUCCUGUCCACUCCGGCGGUUCUCCGGUGACCGACUACUACAUCAACAAACGCAGGCAUGGAGAGCACACAUGGCGAGAGGUUAACAUCCCCCCUAUCAAAGAGAGGCUGUUCAAGGUUGAACAUUUGACCGCAGGUGCGGUCUAUGAAUUCAUGGUUUAUGGCGGAAGUCUUGCUGGUCUUGGUGCCCCCUCUGGCCUCAGCAAGCCCUUCCACUGUAACACCUGGACCAUGCCCGAGCCAGGUCCUCCCUACGAUCUAACCUUCUGCGAGAUCCGGGACGACUCUGUAGUGGCGGAGUGGAAGGCUCCUGUCUACACAGGUGCCAGCCCAAUCACAGGAUACUUUGUGGACUUUGCCAAGAAAGGCUCAGAUGAAUGGCACUGUUCCAAUGAGACCCGCGCUGUCAGUUAUUGCUACCACAAGGUGACUGGGCUGGAAGUGGGAGAAUCCUAUGUGUUCCGGGUGCGCGCGGUGAACACAGACGGUGCCGGCAAGCCUUCCUUCACUUCUGACCCUGUGGUUGCAAAGGCGGUGGAAGGUGCCCAGGAGAUGACCUGCACAGUGGACGAGGAAUCAGGUGACAUCGUGCUGUCAUUUGAAAGCUGUCAAAUUACUGAGAGCUCCCGCUUUGUGUGGAAGAAAUUCUACAAGGAAAUCACUGAUUUCUCCAAAGGCAUUGUCAUCAAAACAGAGGGCAGCACCUCCAAGCUUAUUUUCAAGCAUCCAGACAAGGAGGAUGUGGGCUGUUUCUCAGUUGCUGUAACUAACACUGAUGGUGUUUCUGCCAGCCAUGAAAUCCACGCCGAAGUGCUGGAGAAAAUGCUGGCAAAGAGCUAUGGCAUCCGACACCCAGUCAUCCCUCUGAAGACCCAGCUGGCCUACAAGAUUCUAGAGCGCGGUCGCAUGCGUUUCUGGCUUCAGGCUGAGCACAUCUCCUCUGCUGUCACCUACAAGUUCUUUGCCAACAACAUGGAGCUCUCACCGAAUAAUCCAAAUCAUGCAGGUCACGACGUGGAGACUGGAAUCAUUGAGUUUGUUCUGGAUCAUUUCACAGAAGAUAGCGAGGGAACCUUUACAGUUCAGAUCGAGGAUGGCAAAGCCAGAGGCCAAUCCUCUCUGGUGCUUAUUGGAAAUGAUUUCAAGGUGGCUCUAGCAGAUGCAGAAUACCAAAGGAGCGAGUACAUCAGAGUGAAAGAAGGCCCUCACUUCAGUCAGUUCCUGUCAGUCCACGUCGGGGACGACUGCUCCGUUACACUCAUUUGCAAGGUGGAUAAUCUGAAGAAGGAAACUGUGCUGCACUGGUACAAGGAUGACGUUGAGAUUACCCCUGAAGGGCCAGUCGAUCUGACGUCUGGCGUCUGCAAGCUUCCCAUUUCCCUGUUCUCUAAGGCUUCCAUCGGGAUUUACAAAGCUACUAUCAGUGAUGACAGAGGAAAGGAUCAAUCCAAAAUUGAAAUAUCCGGCAAAGUCUUUGAUGAAAUUAUCGAGAAGCUUACUAAACUUGCUGGAUCCUCUGCGGCUGAGCUGGGAAUUCACUGCACUGCAACAGGCAUUCAGCUACACUGCCACAUGAAAUACUAUACAGAAGAGAUGAAAAUUCAUUGGCUACACACAGACAGUAAACUCUCUCAUUCUGAGAAGGUGCACAUUGGAGGUACCCCUUGCAUGGCCACUAUGGAGAUAAUUGAACCCACAGAAAAGGAUAAGGGUUUGUACCAAAUGCAGAUAAUAGACACUGAGAAGACCUACACGCGCACCAUUGACCUUUCUGGAGAUGCCUACGAUAAAGCCUUUGCAGAAUUUACAAAACUCAAAGAGGAAGCAUAUGCAGAAGCCAACCGUGGCACUGUGCUGGGUGGGCUGCCUGACGUUGUUACAAUCAUGGAGAAGAAGACCCUGAGUUUGACCUGCACAGUGUGUGGUGACCCCAAACCUCAAGUCACCUGGUUCAAAAACGGUGCCGAGGUGUAUCCUGAUGACCAGUACCUGGUGUCCCUCGAGUCUGGGAAGUUCGCCAGUCUCACCAUCAAAGGCGUGUCCCUGGACGACUCCGGCAGGUACACUAUGACCGUGCAGAACAAGUUCGGAGGGGAGUCGGUGGACAUCGUCGUGAGCAUCUACAAGCACGGCGACACGAUUCCUCCGGCCAAACCCACCCUGACGCCCAAGACCAUCAUCCCGCCUAAACGCCCCAUUGAGAUGCCAGUCAGCAAGGUGGCCGCCGCAGCCCCAGCCCCUGGCUCCUCCCCAGCCGGUGCCAAGUCUCCCGUCCCGCCGAAAGGAGUCAAGUCCCCCACUCCGGCUCGUAGCGUGAAGUCCCCCACCCCGGCAAAGAGAAAGUAGACAGCGCGCGCGUUUCAAUUCCAAAAGAGACACCGGGAAUGAAGAAGUGAUUCAACCGUUCGCAUGAGUCGUAGAAAUAGAAAGUUGUUUAGGAGUAGAUAUCUGUCAUUUUUCACUGUGGAUGCAGUCAAGCUCUCUUGCUUUUCUCCCUCAUUACGGUAGAGCCAGGGUCUCGGAAGGAUAGAAAUGGGGGACGGGAGCGGAAAGCCGAGGCAUAAUUUGUGUGUUGGAAGUCGUGCCACGCAGGAACUGUUUGUCAUCGAGGUUUACUGAGCUGAAUGGGCCUUCUAACAAACUUGGCUUUUUAUCCCUUUGGGCACCUCAGUGAAAAAUGACCAGCUUUGAUAUUUAGUUAAUUAAGUCUCUGUUUUAAAAGCUGCUCUUUCAAUUAGCUGGUGGAAUCUUGAGGUAUUGGCGCUCCCUAUGGAUGGAUAGCCCCAAAGAGCUGGACCUCCACUUAGCCCGCUGUGGCAGGGAUUCUAGUCACUGCCCCAAAUAAAUCAGGUUACCCUCCCUCACCGCCGCGUGUCUCCCACUGCUUUUGUGUUAAUAAAAAGGAGCAGAAAUCA